AUGGCGCGCAGAUACGACAGCAGGACGACCAUCUUCUCGCCAGAAGGACGGUUGUUCCAGGUCGAGUACGCUAUGGAGGCCAUCUCGCACGCCGGUACCGUUCUCGCCGUUCUGUCCAAGGAGGGUAUCGCCAUUGCUGCUGAGAAGAAGGUGACCGGCAAGCUGCUCGACCUCUCGCUCACCACCGUCGGUGGCGAGGGCUCUGAGGCCUGGAUGGCCGGCGGUGGCGAGAAGAUCUUCCUCCUCAACAACAACAUUCUCACCGGUCUUGCCGGCAUCACCUCUGACGCCAACUCGCUUGUCAACUUUGCCCGUAACUCGGCCCAGCGCCAUCUCUACUCGUACGACGAGGACAUCCCCGUCGAGAUGCUCGUCCAGCGCCUGUGCGACAUGAAGCAGGGUUACACGCAGUACGGUGGUCUGCGUCCGUUCGGUGUUUCCCUCAUCUAUGUCGGUUGGGACCCCCUCCACGGUUUCCAGCUGUACCAGUCUGACCCAUCGGGCAACUACUCGGGAUGGAAGGCGACGUGUAUUGGAGCCAACCACUCGAGCGCGGCUUCCCUCCUCAAGCAGGACUACAAGGACGACAUCACCCUCGAGGAGGCCAAGAGCCUGUGUCUCAAGACGAUGAGCAAGACCAUGGACUCGACCAAGCUCAGCAGCGAGAAGCUCGAGUUUGCUACCAUGACCCUUCACGCCGACACCAAGCAGCCCCUGGCCAAGAUCUACCGUCCCGCCGAGCUUGACGAGCUGCUCCAGCAGCUUGAGCUUGGUGGCACCAAGGAGGAGACUGUCGGCGUCGGAGAGGGUACCGGUGGUGGCGGUUCGGGCGGUAACAUUGCAGUGAGCACGUAG